AUGGCGAGGUACAAGGGCGCUUCUGUCCUCUUCUUGCUGUAUAUCUUGCUGAUAUUUUAUUUAUGGACAAAAACACCAGAAUUGACAACGCAACGAGUUGAAGUUGCUCAGGAGGGUGAGUUCGAGACACCAGGACCAUUAAAUCCACCUCCGGCCGUGAGAGCUCGACCACCAGGACCGAUUCACAAACAACUUUUGAAUGUCGAGAGCUCGCAUGCUUCACGCCAAGUUGUCGAUACCUUUCAGUACAAAACCCUUCCAGACAUACCAUCAUGGAACAGGCCUCCCAAAGAGCAUGUUCCGGAGAAAACUCCUCUUUUCAUAGGUUUCACUCGCAACUGGCCUUUACUACAGCAAUGCGUUUUAUCAUAUAUUACUGCGGGGUGGCCCGCAGAGGACAUAUAUGUUGUGGAUAACACUGGUACAAUGAGAUCUAACUUUGAUUCUCAGCCAAAGAUCACACUUCAGAACCCUUCGUAUCUGAAUGUCGAUCGACUCAGAAACGUCUUUGGGGUAAACGUAAUUUCAACGCCAACCCUUCUCACUUUUUCCCAACUUCAGAAUUUCUACAUUUACACGGCACUCGAAAAUGAAUGGGAGAAUUAUUUCUGGAGUCAUAUGGAUGCGAUCGUAUUGCCCGACGAAGACUUAACCCAUGCACCACUAAAUCAACAACGAAAUCCUGCGAUAUCUCACAAGUCUUUAUACAUGCGAGCUGUCGAUGAACUUCGGAGGACCUCCGAUCCUAAUUACGCGGAAGGACACGAUGGAUGGGGAAUUCGCUUCUUCGAGUACGAUUGGCUUGCGCUAAAUAACGUGCAAAGCUUUGUGAAAAUGGGAGGAUGGGAUCCAUUGAUUGGCUAUUACUCUGCUGAUUGUGACAUGUAUCAGAGACUUCAAAUGGCUGGCAUCUUGCUAGACACGGCCGAGGCGGGCUGGAUUAUGGAUGUGGGAAGAACGAUUGAUCUAAACUUGCUCUUUCGUCGAAAAUACAAUCCAGAUAUGCCCCCUAAAACAGCAGCUGAUAUGAAUAAAUUGGCGGAAGACAAGAUGGGAGGAGAAGGCUUCCAACAUCUGAUUAAGUUGAUUCAAGCCGAAGCAGAAUGGAAGAACAAUGAUCCAAGUGCCAGAAAUCAUUGGCAACGAAGGCAGUUAGGAGGUCAAGGAGAGCCAUUUCAUCGCGAUCCGCGAGGUUUCGAACAAGCACUUGAGAUAUUGAUACGAAGUGGUGAUGAGAUAUAUUCAGAAAAAUGGGGGCACAUGGGUUGCGAUCUUAAAGAAUCUGGAUUGCAAUUAGAGGAUGCUUGGAUGGUUGAACAUGAUUGGGAGUAA